AUGGCAGAUCCAACUGAGGAAAUUUCUGAGAGCGCCUCAAGAGUGAGAGAGGAAGAGGAGGAGGAGGAGGAGGUAGCGACGUCCUCUUCUUCAGACAUCAUUCGAAAUUUGAACUCUGGACUCGACGAGCUCAAUCGGUCUCUUCAAACUGGAUUUUUCAACUCGUUCCCUCGAGCUGAAGUGGAGGGUGAAGCGCUGGGCUCAUACGCGAGGGAGGAGGGUGGGGGGCAGGCAGAGAAGAGCUACGACAUCGCUGAAGCCAAGAAACUGAUCGACGAGCUGCUGCUGGCAAGAUCUCCGAGUCUCUUGUCCUCUGGGGUUGACAAGCCGGUUGACAAGCCUGUUGCGAAGCCCAAGAACAAGACUGUGAAGGAAGCAAGCAAGGAAGUAGCGCUUGUGCGACCGCUGCACAUAUCAGAGCUCAACGACGUUCUUCAAGACUUUCAGAGUGAUGUGAACGCUCUCUACAGACGCUCUGCCCACCUUCCGCCCUCAUCGGUAGAGGAGGAGAAACUAUCGAAGCCGGCAAGGAUGAAAGACGACAGGAGGAGGGAGAAGGGGAAGGGGAAGGAGCAGGAGAAGCUGCUCAAGAAGCCUCGUAAGAACGCCUGGUACAAGAAGGACGAGAAUGUCAUGGAGCCUAAAGAGUUUGCGUCUCUUGUGUCAGCUGGGCUGUCGGAGUGCGAACACUACAAGGCGCUGGAGACCCUCAAAGUUUCUCCUCCUCCUCCUCACAACUCAAAGAAAGCAUCUCGGUCAACCGAUUUCCUCACAAGAUAUGAAGAAAUUCAGAGAAAUGUCAACCAAGACAUCUGUAAAUGCUGCCCUGAUCGAAACAAGGCCAAGAAGGAAGAGGAGGAAGAGGAGGAGGAGGAGGAAGAGGAGGAGGAGGAUCGGCUAUGGGAGCUUCCUCGUCGGAUUGACACCUGGUGGUUCACCAACGCCGGAAAGAUGCAGAGCAGCACAGGAAUGAUCGAAGGAAGAUUCUCCUCGCAGGGGAAGGAGAGUGGAGGAGGAGGAGGAGGAGGAGGAGGAGGAGGAGGAGCGGGUCACAACUUGAAGCUCGACAUCUCCAUGGACUCCAUGCUCCACACUCAGCUGGAGGAUCUCAGGUCUGACCUCUGCUGGGCUCCUCCUGGGCUCCUGCUGACCAUCUGCCUCAGCGACGUUGUCAACCUGGUUGCCAAGCAGCGGCGAGCGAGGCUGACGCAGGAGGACGCGAACCCGCCGGAGAAGGGCGGGGAGGGGAGGAGGAGGAAGAAGAAAGAGCAGGAGCAGGAGCAGGAGUUGGAUCCGUUCAACUGCGGGCUGAUCUUGUCGCUCAACUGUGCACAUGUGCCAGUAGCAGAGGAGGAGAGUUUGUUCCAGCUGCUCCUGAGAAAAGACCUCGCCCUCUUGUCUGGACUGACCCCAGACUGCUUCCUCUACUGCGGUCUUGUCAGAACAAAGGACGAGGAAGAGGAAGAGGAAGAGGACGAGGACGAGGGCAGAGGAGGAGGAGGAGGAGGAGGGGGAGGGGGAGGGGGAAAGUGUCAUGCUCUUGUGAACGUCCGCCUGGAGGGGCUGCUAGACAUGAAGAGGGAGGAGCGGGGAAAGAUUGUGACCGCAGAGGAGGUGGCGAGGAAGCUGAAGGAGCAGGAGAAGGACAGGAGGAGUAAGUUCCGAUCCUGCGACACUCUGUGGAAUGUGGAGAGACUGACAGUAGUCCCUGCACAUCGUGUACCGGACAGAGAAAGGCUGAAAAAUGUCUCACGAUCCGCCAUAGAGACGAUUCUGCGAUGGCUGGAGGAAGAGAUUCUCAGGGACGAGGAGGAGCAUAUCUCCACAUCUCAAGUGAGAGACACCUUGCGUCCAAUCAACCAGCUCCGCUUCUCCCUCCAAGACUCCUCCUCCUCCUCCUCCUCCUCCUCCUCCUCUGUCUCUCCUUUCCUCCUGCUCUCAGGUGCGAAUAAGUGGGUGAGCGCGAAGAUCGAGAAUGCGAUGAAGAAGGAGGGACGAGUUGCUCGGGGGAAGAUGAAGGAGGGGAAGACGCUGCUGCAGAAUUGGAUGAAAGCGUGCGACUCUUUCAGCAGCAGCGGAGCAGUGGAGGAGGCGGAGAGUUGUCUUGAGGAGGCAAGGAAAACUCUUAAGAACAUGGUGGAGCAGCAGCAAGAGAUCGAGUGGCCGAGGCUGAGGAGGAAGAAAACAGAAGAAGUCACGAAAACCUUCGCCGCCCUGUCGCAACCAUGGACAAGGAGAAGGUGGUGGGCUGAAGCAGAGAAAGGCAACAAGCUCGUGCUUCCUGAUCCUCUGGAGGAGGAGGAGGAAGAAGAGGAAGGGAAGAAAACUUCGAAGGAGGGAAAGAAGCCAAAGUCCCUUGCACAACUUGAAGAAGAGCUUGUGGAGACUGGAAAGGGGAUUGCGGAGAUGAAGAAAGGAGGAGGAGGAGGAGGAGGAGGAGGAGGAGGAGGAGGAGGAGGAGGAGGAGGAGGAGGAGGACGUUUCUUUCUGCCUCCCGUGUCCUCCUUUUAUCCUGAUCGGAGUGAGAGUGAGAUUCUCAAGGGGAUCGAGGAGGGAGCCAAGCAAGCAAGCAAGACUCUCUCCUCCCUUCUUUCUGACUACCAGCGUCCUCAAACCUCCGACUCCUCCUGUCAGACUGCUCCUGUCCUGGAGCUCCCCGGCAGCAGCUCCAUCUCCUCCUGCUUCUCCUACCUGUCCCCGUGGGAGUGGCAGGCGCGGGGAGGAGGAGGAGAAGCGGAGGAGGAAUCAUCGACACCAUGGGUCGCGUGCUCGGGGAGGAGGAGCACCUCUGGAGGAACCCAGCUCGGCUCGGGCUGCUCAAAGUUUCCUCCUCCUCCUGGACCGUUGGAGACCCUGCUGACGUGCUCGAGCGCAAUGCUCGCCAGUUUGCCAAUGCCGGAUGGAGGGUAG